CUUCUCCGGUUUGCACCAAGUCUUCUCUCUCUCAUCUCAUUUGCAUACACACAUAGCAGAAAGAAUUUGCACCAACUCCCUCUCUCCUUCCCUCUCUCUCUCUCUCUCUCUCUCACACACACACACACACACACAAAGAGCAGAAACAAUGGAAGGAGAAGCUGCUGCAGCCAUCCUUCAAGUUCUUGUUCAAAACCUCAUCGACCAUUCCAAGAAAGAAAUCUCACUAAUCCGAGGUCUCGACAAAGAAGCAGCAAAGCUUACCGACAGUCUCGACACCAUCCAGAAAUUCCUCAACGACGCCGAGGCGCGCACCGUCCCCGGCGACGCCGUCAAGAGCUGGCUGAGGCGGCUCGAAGACGCGGCGUUCGACGCCGACAACGUCUUGGAUGAGCUCAACUACCAUCUCCUCUCCAAACAAAACAAGCCCAUCAAACCCAUGAAGGCGAAGGUACUAUCAUGCUUCUCAUCAUCCUUCAAUUCUAUUGCACGACCAAGAAAUAUGGCUGUUAGAAUCCAAGAAAUCAAUGAGAAUUUGGACUCCCUUCACAAAGAGGGAGCUGGGCUUGGCCUCAAAGAGAGGCUUUCCGAUGAGCCCACUUUGCGUGAUGCUGCUGAUUUUGAAACUGAUUCAUUCACUUUUAUUCCGAUUUUCAUUGGAAGAGAUGAUGUGGUGUCGGAAAUAGUUGAGAUGGUUACUACGGGAAUGAAAGCUGAUGAACGUGUGAUUUCCAUCGUUCCCAUCGUGGGAAUGGGUGGAUUGGGGAAGACGACGUUGACUAGGAAAGUCUUGGAUCAUCUGAAGACGGAGACUCGUGUGUUUGAAUCUCAUAUUUGGGUGCAUGUUUCUCCAAAUUUUGAUCCAACAACUCUUUUCAAGAAAAUUCUGAAAGAGUUGACUUCUGAUCAAGCUGAAGUUGAGAGUAAGCAAGAAAUUCUUUCAAAGCUUCAAAAAGCUCUAAAAGAUAAAACUUAUCUUCUUGUCCUUGAUGAUGUGUGGAAUGAAAAUCUUUCGAAAUGGGAAGAUUUUAUCAAUUCCUUGUUGGGAGUUACUUCUGUCAAAGGAAAUGCAAUUGUUGUUACCACCAGAAAUAUGGAAGUGGCUUCAAUUGUGAAUCCACUUCAUACACAUGAGUUGAAAGGCUUAUCAGAGGAAGAUUGUUGGUCGAUAAUCAAAGCUAAAACCUUCGGAGAAGCAAAUGUUCCAUCAGAAUUUGAGACUAUUGGGAGAAAGAUUGCAAGAAGAUGUCGAGGUCUACCAUUAGCUGCCAACGUAGUUGGGGGAGUUCUGCGCAAUAAAUCUGAGGAAAAGUGGCUCUCAAUCGAAGAGAAAUGGCUGUCACAUGAGGAAGGAGAUAACAUCACAAAGAUAUUGAGGCUGAGCUUCGAUAACUUGUCUCCAUCACCACUUCACUUAAGAAGUGCUUUGCAUACUGUUCCAUUUUUCCUAAAGGCAGUCAGAUCAAGAAGCAGGGGCUGAUUGAGCAGUGGAUGGCAGAAGGAUUUCUUCGACCUGAUGGAGACGAAGACAUGGAGUCCGUGGGCGACAAAUUCAUCAACGUUCUUCUACACAACUCUUUACUGCAAGCUUCACUGAGAGAUGAUUAUGGAAAUGUGGAAGGUUGUGUGAUGCAUGAUCUCGUGCAUGAUCUAGCAUGCUCUGUUUUAGGUAACGAAGGCGACAUGGAACGAGUUCGUUACUUGAUCUCCGAAGAAUCAAGCUCUGUGCCAAAGGGAGUUGCAAAAUAUUUACGUACACUAAUUUUCAAGGGCAACAUUUCUCGCAACAUGUUCUCAGACUACGAGUGUCUGCACGUUUUAACUCUCGAUAGCUUUGGGCUUAAAGAGUUGCCAAGCCAAAUUAGGGAGUUGAUACAUUUGAGGAAUCUUGAUAUCUCAUACACAAGAAUUGAAUAUUUGCCAGAUUGGAUUGGUGAACUGUGUCACCUGCAAACAUUCACAGCAGAGAAGGGAUUCUUGAAGAAAAUGCCAAGCACGACGAAGUACUUGAUUAACUUGAGGCAUCUUCACAUCUUCAGUGAUGUGGAUUUGCCUGCUGAGAUUGGGAGAUUAACUUCUCUUCAGACACUAACUCAUUUCAGAGUUGGUGACCAGAAUGGCUGCACGAUUGAAGAACUCGGGAGUUUGAAUAAUCUCAAAGGAGAGAUACAGAUUGAUGGCCUUGAAAUGGUUCGCGACAAGGAAGAUGCAGAGAGAGCGAAUCUGUUUAGAAAGGCGAAACUAAUUGACUUGUGCUUGAGAUGGGAUAUUUAUGCAAGCAGAGAAGAAGGUGUGAUAAAUGAUGAGAAUGUGUUGGAAGGCCUCCAGCCUCACUCCAAUCUGAAGAAGCUGUCGAUUGUCGGAUUCAAAGGGAAGAGAUUUGCAUCAUGGACUCUGAAGAUGGCAGUGCAAGACGUGCCUCGAGGCUCUUGGAUAGAGCUUAGCAAGUUGAUGUCAGUAACACUCUCUGAUUGCCAAGAAUGUGAAGAGAUUCCGAUGUUUGGGCACUUGCCAAAUCUCAAGUCUCUUUGGUUGCAAAGAUUAAGCAAUGUUAAGUCCAUAACUUCUUCAUUCUACGGAUUGGGGAUUGGAUUGGUGAAAAAUGAGACGCGUAUUGCUUUUCCAGCGCUCGAGCACCUCAAAAUGUUUGCAAUGCCUAAGCUGACAGAGUGGGCAGAAGUGGAAGAUGCAGGUUCAAGUGAAGUGAAUGUAUUUCCUCUCCUUGAGCAUUUUCAUAUCUAUGACUGCCAGAAGUUGAUGAGUUUUCCGAUUCAUUUCUCGUCUCGUCUCAAGAACUUGAGAAUCACGAGGGCCGGGAGAUGCACGCCGUUGGCAAACAUAUUCCCUACCAAACUAGCAUUUCUCAGAAACCUCUGUCUCACAGAGCUGCAUGAUUUGGAAUCUCUCCCAGAUUGGUUGUUCUGCAACAAUCCCAAUCUGUUAGAGGUGGAGAUAAGUAAAUGCAAAGAUUUGAGAGAAUUACCAAAGGGUCUGAGCAGCCUUAUUUUACUGGCAAAGCUAACCAUACGCGAAUGUCCAAAUCUGAUACUGAUUGGUGGCGGAGGAGAUCAAUCAGAAGGAUCCCUCCGCCACUUGGAGAUUCGCAAAUGUGAUGCGUUGGCGCAUUUUCCCUGUGAGUUAGUUGGAUCAUCGCUCGAGCAGGUGAAGUUGGUGAGCUUAAAAAGCUUAGAAAAUCUCCCCAGUGUGAUCGACAGCCUUGCAAAAUCACCUCGUCUAACAGAACUGAGAAUAGAAGGCGUUCCUCAGUUUAAGGCCAGUUCUGAACACGAGAACUGGCCUUUUCGCAGCUUGCAAGAGCUAGCCAUCGAUGCUAGCUCUGGCUCUGGCUCGGGCUCGAUGGAGACCAUCGAUGGGAUCCUGCAAGGAUGCUCCGACUCGCUUCAUAAUUUAACUCUAAUAGGGAUGGAGAGCUGGGAAUCUCUGCCGGAAUCGAUGCAGCAUCUCUCUACUUGCACUUUUCUGUUCUUGGAUAAUUUUGGAAUGGAAGAGUUGCCUGAAUGGUUUGGAAAUUUCUCAUCUCUUAAGUCGUUGUUUAUAUAUAACUGCAAAAAGUUGAGGCGUCUGCCCUCGUCGAUGAGUGCACUCUCGGGUUUACAGAGGUUGAUCAUCAAUGGCUGCCCGGAGCUGCAUCUUCAACAGCAAAGUGAUGCUGAUGACUCUCAAUGGCCUAAGAUUUCUCAUAUUCCCAACAUCACCAUUGAUGGCUCCAAUUGCAAUGCUGUUAACCCUCAAGAAAGUAAAACGAGAAAACAAUUGUGUUUGAGCUGCCUCAAGAAUUAGAAGAUGAAGAAGGAAUAAGUGUGACUGUCCAUUUGCUUCAAGUUGAUGAUUUUCUCAACCUUUCUUCAUCAACUUCAUAUAUAAUUACUGGUUGAUAAGGCACGUUUUGUUGGCUAGGAAUUAAAUGUGAUAUAAAAUUUAUUGUUUGCAUUAACAAUGUGAU